AUGCCUCAAUUAAUCUCCCCCCUAGCCCUCCGGGCUCUACGGACACUUAUCACCCGUCCAGCAAUAACACAAACCCCCCUCCGCACCCUCACAACCAGCGCCUUCCGCCGCGCAACCACCACCACAACCACAAACCUACUCACCACCAACUUCACCUUCACGCCCAUCUUCCGCACCCAAACCGCCUUCCUCCGCAAAUUCUCCAGCUCCCCCAUCAUCCGGGCAACCUACAACCAAGUUCGCCGCGGGUGCCGCAGCGGCCAACGCGCGCGCCGUGGUCGCUCCCCAGCAUUGAAGGACCACCCUUCGCUGAAGGGCGUCUGCGUCAAGACGGGUAUCACCAAGCCCAAGAAGCCUAAUUCGGGCGAGCGCAAGGUGGCUCGUGUUCGCUUGAGUUCGGGCAAGGUUGUUAGUGCUAUUAUUCCUGGUGAGGGUCAUAAUAUUCAGCAGCACAGUGUUGUGCAGGUUAGGGGUGGUAGGGCGCAGGAUUGUCCUGGUGUGAAGUAUCAUCUUGUUAGAGGUGCUAUGGAUUUGGGUGGUGUUGGAAGUCGUGUGACUAGUCGCUCUAAGUAUGGUACCAAGAAGCCUAAGAGCAACUAG